ACUGCGAGGAGCCUUCUCACCACCUACCUCACCAGUAAGGCGAGGGGCACAGGACACGGGACACCGGUGUGCCUCUCCUCGCUCCCUCACACGCUCACCGGGGCCUCGGCCUCACACAGACUCGACACCCAGACACUCGCUGCCAGCCUGCCCCAGCUCGCCCUCCAUGGCAUCCCGUGCAGCCCUGCUGUUGGCCCUCAUCCUGCUGCUUCUCUGGACCUCCCUGGCCCCUGCUCUGGGUGGUGCUAAUGACGCUGAAGACUGCUGCCUGUCUGUGACCCAGCGCCCCAUCCCUGGGAAAAUCGUGAAAGCCUUUCGGUACCUUCUCAUCAAGGAUGGCUGCAGGGUGCCAGCUGUUGUGUUUACCACACUGAGAGGCCACCAGCUCUGUGCACCCCCAGAUCAGUUCUGGGUAGAACGCAUCAUCCGGAGACUGAAGAAAUCCUUUGCCAAGACUGGAGAAAACUGCUGCCAGAAUGUGUCACUGAACGUGACUUUGAAGGUUCUGAUGCACAGCAGUGAGGAGACCGUGUCCAUGGGCAGGAGCAUGGGUCUGGAUGUUGAUGGUGCAAACACAGUGGAGCCUGUUGAGGACCAUAAGGAGCCGAUGACAGGACUUGGUGAACUCCAGAGUGAGCAGCAGAAGGCACUUGUUGAGGAGCAUUCCACCGAGGAAGAGGAAGGCAGGGAGGAGGUUAGCAGUGAUGUGAUAAAAUCCAUCAUGGAGAAAUAG